AUAAUUUCAUAUUGCUAUUCAAAUGCAUCCUAUUAUAAGUCUUAUUUGGUUCUUGUUAAUAUCGGUUUCGGCUAUUGACUACAGCCAGCCACAAGACGAUGGACACGAUGUGGUCUAUACCAAUCCUUUCGAUUAUGAAAAAAGUGCUAUUGAUGGUACUUUAGACUCCCCAGACCACUCUUAUCAAUAUGAUCUUGCUGACCCAAAUCACCGCGUUUUUAAAGUUUUUAGGCAUGAGGAACAGUUCAUCAAUUAUCAUUCCAAUCCAUAUCUGAAAAGAUCCCACACGGAAGACGAAAGUUCGCACAAUACUUAUUCAAAAAGAUCUAAUUACCAGUAUGACAGUCAAAAAUACAAAGUUUAUAAUGCAAAAGAGCCCACCACUCCUGCGCAUUAUGAUGUAUACCAUCACGAACAGACUAACUCUGCUUCCACACACAAUGGCGAGCAUCAUGCAAAUGAGAAUGCAUCUCUGGUAAAUCACAAGGAUCAAAAAAACAACUUGGCCCACAUCAAAUAUACGCAUCAACAACCAGAAAACCCAUCAUUGCCAACACACAAAUAUAACCAACACAAUAAACCGGUAACCUAUUCAAGACAUAAAUCGGAACCCCAAUCGAAUAAAAAAUCCGAUCACUACAAAAUGACUGAUGGCAUACCCGAUCAUUCUACAGUUUCGAAUCAUCACUAUGAAAGUCCUGCUCACGCUAUUCGCCAAUGCAAAUCUGCUACCCAUUCAU